ACUUUAUGUACGAAAGUACAUUUCUUGCCCAGAACCAAUUUGAUAUUCAGCAUAAACAAAACAAAAUGCCGUCGCCAGAGACUGCUUCUGAUAACAAAAAACCAAAAAGUAAUCAGAAAAAGAAUCAUGUAAAAAAUAACCAAAGGAAGUCUGCAAAUUCCGCGGCCAGAAGAGAAACACAGAAAAAUACUGUGAAGCUCCAACCUGCUGGAAUUGAAAACUCGGAUAAGGAAGAGGAAAAUAAAAAAGAGACCACUAUUAAGAAAAACGUAACCGAUGGGGACGAAGAAGAAGAAGAGCAAAUUUGUUUUAUUUGUGCUGAACCAAUUGCGUAUACAUGCAUUCUUCCUUGUAAUCAUCGUAUGUGCCAUAUCUGUGCCAUACGUUUGCGCGCUUUGUACAAAACUAAAGAAUGUACAUUUUGUAAGGUUCCGUGGGACGUGAUUUCAAUUACCCAGGACCAUGAUUUGGAUAUCCGAGAUGUUGAAAUGGAUAACUUUCCAUUUCAAGACAAAAAUCUUGGACUUGUAUUUGAUAACCAAAAAGUUCAAGAUGAGUGCAAUCUUUUACUACAGUUUAAUUGUCCAGAAGAGGCUUGUGAUAUCACUUGUAAAGGUUGGUUUGAUUUGAAGCUUCAUUGUAAAGUGACGCAUCACAAAUAUUUUUGUGAUUUAUGUAUCAACCAUAAGAAGGUAUUUACUCAUGAACAUACCUUAUUCUCCAAGAAAGGAUUGACAAAGCAUUGUGAGGUAGGGGACCAGGGCGCUGAUCUGGAUGUGAGUGGGUUCAAGGGACAUCCUAAAUGUGGAUUUUGUAGCUCGCAUUAUUAUGAUGAUGACGAACUUUACAAACACUGUCGUGAGAAACACGAGCGUUGUUAUAUUUGCGAUCAGCUUGCUGGUCGUCCCACUCACCAAUAUUACAGAAACUACAAUGCAUUAGAACGUCAUUUUGAGAAAGAUCACUAUGUUUGUACCGAAAAGGAGUGUGUGGAAAGAAAAUUUGUGGUUUUUGGUACCGAAAUCGACCUUAAAGCUCAUCAAUUAGAAGAGCAUCCUCAGCGACUCAGUGCUAGAGAGCUACGGGAAGCACGUACAAUCGUACCAGAGUUUGAGUAUGAACCCCCAGGAAGCGGUGUAGGAAGAACUCGCCGUAACCGAAAACAACCUUCUAAUGCUCCCACUGAAGAAGCUACUUCUUCUUUGGCGAACUUACAUUUAUCUCGUGAAGAAAUUGCCCAUAUGCGACAUGAAGAAUACGUAAGCUCACAACAAGCUCGUAAUAGAAACUUUGGUUUUGCCUUGUCAUCCCCCGCACCAUCUGCUGCAGCUACUUCCAGACCAGUUUCUACAGCGUCUCCUAGAACAGCUGCUAUUGGAAAGCAAAGGGUUUUGAGAAGAGAAGAGUUUCCUUCGCUGAAUGAGCUUUCGAACCCCCAAGCGCGAGUAAGUCAAUCUUCCCCUAGUCCGGUCCGCACGCCGAAUGCUGCUAGUAGCCGUACUUCAUCUCCUGCCAUUUCACGUAUGUCAUCAUCUCAGAAUCUCAAUGCUGCUACGGCGAAGAAAGGUUCUCCUAUGGCUUCUAAUGUACAGGCUCAACACCAGCAGGUUAUCGACCGGAUGAUGAAACUUACAGGUUUUGACGAGAAUAAGGUUAAUGAGUUUAAAUUUGCAGUUUCAUCUUUCCGUGGAAACGUGAUGUCGGCUCGAGAAGCUACUGACCGUAUAACCAAGUUGGUAUCAAAGCCACAAGAACAACUUUCAGGGAUCAUUAAUCAUAUCGCGGAUUUAUUAGAAAAUAAAGAAAAAAGCAAAGAGCUUCUCGAAGGAUGGCAAGAAUGGAAGAUUAUGAAUUCUCGGGACCAGCCUCAUAUUGGUACAAAUAAUGCCAAUUUAUUGCGCCUUAAAAAAUCGAAUCGGACAGCUGCUCAAACUGCAAGUGUUUGGAAUCGUAUAGAAACAGCGGCUAGACAUAGCGGGCCCGCAUUAUCGGCACCUUCGUCCAGAAACAAAUCCCAAGGUUCGGCUUCUUCCUCCCCUCCUGUCAGGAAUGUCAAUGCUAGAUCGGUUCCUUCUUGGGGAAUGCCGACCAAAACAAGGUCAUCGGCUUUGAAUACGAAUUCCGAGGUUGACUUUCCUUCCCUUCCACCUUCGACUUCAAAGAGGAUCCAAGUCCCGAUUGGUAAAAAACCAGCUCGUGGAGUCGAUUUUCCUGCUAUUCCUGGAGCUCAAGCAGCAUCAUCUGCCUCGAGUUCUGCGAAUCGAAAUUCAGCUUCGAAGAAAAAGAAUGGAAAAAAGCAAACUGUUUUGUUUCACCUUGGUUAAUGGAAUUUUGUACAUAAUGAGUGUUUAAUUAGUUGAUAAGUUGUGAUUAUAGAAUUGGCAUGUGACAGAAGGUUACACUAUUAUGUCUUUUUUAUUGAAUAAUAUGACCUAGCUUUAGACCUAUUGUUUUGUUUUUACUAAAGUUAAUUUUUUCUUAUUUAACAAGUAUAUCUGACCUAGCAAGGUCUUCUACAUAUUCCUUCUACGAUACUCA